GAGCUGUGAUGGUGGCGAGUGGGAACGCAGAGUGCUUGGUCGCUGGCUGGGGGAGGCUUAAAGAGACAACAGCAGGGAGAGAACGAAAAGCAGAAGAGAUGAAAUUGAGAAAAUAUCACUAGAUGCAAGCAGAAUGGGGAUUGUUACUCAAUAAAAACCCACCCUGGACAGUUUUCCAACGGAGGGAAUCCCAGCGCUGGAUUGCCGCUUGCUGCUCGCUUGUGCGUACUGCAUCUCGGAACAUGAGGAAUGUUUGCACCGCCAAAGAUUGACCAGGAGGAGGCGACCAUGGGCGCAGGCGGGAGCUGCCAGGCGGUGCUGUGGUUCCAGUAGCUGGGUGUUGGCCUUGUGGGAGAUGGUGCUCUGAGGAUCUGGGGCGAAGCAAGGAGAACCGGUCUGACCCCCCCCACCCCUGCGCGCCUGCCGCCACCUGCUUUUUUCCUGCCGUUCCGUGUGCUCUCCCCCCCCUCUGUUUCGGCAGCUCUGUGAUUUGUAUGGCAGCGGUGUAACCGUGGAGAGGCCGGGGUAUCACAAGCUUAUGGAUUUUGACAAGAGAGGGAAGGGGGAGGCCGAGGAAGGGAAAAGGAUGUCCAAGGCGGCCGGAGGAGGGAGGACUGUCCACGGGGGCCGCAGCUCAGGGACCAACUCUGGGGUGCUCAUGGUCGGCCCCAACUUCCGCGUGGGCAAAAAGAUCGGCUGCGGGAACUUUGGAGAGCUGCGCCUGGGGAAGAACCUGUACACCAACGAGUACGUGGCGAUCAAACUGGAACCCAUAAAGUCCAGGGCACCACAGCUCCAUUUGGAAUACAGGUUUUACAAACAGCUGGGAAAUUCAGAGGGCAUUCCUCAGGUGUACUACUUCGGCCCAUGUGGGAAGUACAAUGCCAUGGUCCUGGAGCUGCUGGGGCCCAGCCUGGAGGACCUCUUUGACCUCUGCGACAGGACCUUCUCUCUCAAGACUGUCCUCAUGAUAGCCAUACAGUUGAUAACGCGGAUGGAGUACGUACAUACCAAAAGCUUGAUAUACAGAGACGUCAAGCCGGAGAACUUCCUGGUGGGGAGGCCGGGCAGCAAGCGGCAGCACACAAUCCACAUUAUUGACUUUGGGCUGGCCAAAGAAUACAUCGACCCCGAGACCAAAAAACACAUCCCCUACCGGGAGCACAAGAGCCUGACGGGCACCGCGCGCUACAUGAGCAUCAACACCCACCUGGGGAAAGAGCAAAGUCGAAGAGAUGACCUGGAAGCACUGGGGCACAUGUUCAUGUACUUCCUCAGGGGCAGCCUGCCGUGGCAGGGUUUGAAGGCUGACACACUGAAGGAACGAUAUCAGAAAAUUGGCGACACCAAACGGGCGACUCCUGUUGAAGUGCUUUGCGAAAGCUUCCCAGAGGAAAUGGCUACUUAUCUGCGCUAUGUGAGGAGGCUGGACUUCUUCGAAAAACCAGAUUAUGACUACUUAAGGAAACUCUUCACUGACCUCUUCGACAAGAAUGGCUAUGUCUUCGACUAUGAAUAUGACUGGGUUGGCAAAACACUUCCUACCCCCAUUGGUCCUGUCCACAGUGACACGCCCCUGCCGCCCAGCAACAGAGACAAAGCACAACAGCAGACCAAAAACCAGUCUCCCGAGCUCAAAGGAACCUGUGAGUCCCAGCCCACUCCAGUGACCAAUAGGGAGCUCCUGGGGUCUCAUCUCACAGCCGAUAGGCUCGGGGGCUCUGUCCAGGUAAUGAGCUCGACGAACGGGGAGCUGAACGCCGACGACCCCACGGCAGGGCACUCCAACGCCCCCAUCACUGCCCCGGCCGAGGUGGAGGUGGCCGACGACACCAAGUGCUGUUGCUUCUUCAAGAGGAGAAAGAGGAAAGCUCUUCAGCGACACAAGUGAAAGGCCGAUGUCAGGAGAGAACUGAUACAUUCUGGUUGCUGUCGACUUUUAAAAAGGACGCCCUCGCGAAUCCGUCUUGUGCACCUCCACCGUGCACACGGGAACACAACCCUUCUGGCCGCCCGGCGGGAGAACAGACUUUGCUGUUCCUUUUUAAAAAACAAAUCUAUGGAAAAAAAAACAAAAAAGAAAACGUAACAGUAACUGAAACAAAACACAAUACCUACGUGAAAAGAUGCUGUGUUUCUACAUUGCUGUAUCUUAGAAUCCACACGACGCAUUAACUGUACACACCCGUUGAUGGGGGGGGCAGAAAGUGAUCAGACAAAAUGAACAUUUGUUCCAUAGAGCUAGUUCUUAACGUGGGAUCAAAUCGAGAAAAUGAACUGUGCUAACGAUAGCUCGAUACAAAUCACUGCGAGGAAUGGAGGAAUUUCAUCUGCAUCAGAAUCGGAAUAUGUUAUGUAAAUUCUGUUUUUUCCUUUAUUAUUUUUUUCUAAUUUAAAUUCAGUUGUGUUUGGCUUCAGCUCCCCGAGUUGAAAUGGACUCUUUUACUUUCAUUGUGUAGUGUUCUGGAAUUCAGUUUUUUAAUUUCUUUGGGGGUAUUUUUUUCUGUCAAUGUGGACUUUGUAGCACAGUCACUGGCCUCAGGUACUGUGGAAGAACGAGGGAGAGUAUGAAUCUCUCUUCUUUAAAUUGCACUUUUGGAGAAAAAAAAAUAACAGUACGGAAUUCUGGGCUUGAAAUUAACAAAAAAAUAAAGACUGAUCUAGGAAGAUUCCUAAACAAGGCUGAUCUCUGUACCAGGGUGAUUGUUGGUAAAUCUCUAUGGUUUCCUUUCACACAUCAGACAUUUACCAGGAUUCAUAGCUUGUGCCUUUUUAAAGUGAAAUGUAAAAAGCUGAAGCGCAGCACAAUCAACUUUUCUCUGAAAUCUGAUUUGAUCUGUGAAUUGUUUUUCUGAGUAUCUCUUCUCUUGUGAUUGUUACUGCCCCUGUCACAGGGCACGAAGCCUCCAGGCCUCGGGUGUUAGCCUGUAACAUACUAAGUGUCCUGGACACAUACAAAGCUGCCUCCUGUUCACAAGGGUCUGUUUGGCCAAUUGUGAAAUAAUAAGAAGCUUUUUUUUUUAUAGUAUACGAAGAAUGUAGUUCCUAAAGCACAUUGUGGAUGUACAGUGCAUGGCACGUUGCAUUUUUAAUUUGCUUUUUCUCUCACUAUUUUGAUGAGUCACAUUAAAAAUCUAAACCACCA